AUGUACAAAUAUAAAUCUACAAAUGGUGAAGAAACCAAAACAACCAAAUUAAUCUCAAAGUCAAACCUUUACUCUAGUUAGGCUUUUAUUUAUAUUGUUUUUAAAGCAAGAAAUACUAUGAUAGAUGAUAAGAAUUAAACGUUUUUGCAAUGA